AUGCGGAAAGGCAGCGGAGGGGGCCCCGGGGGCGGCAAGGGGCGAGCCCGACGGCGGAGCGGGGAGCGCGGUCCGCCCGAGCCGCCCCAGGCGUCCCAGACCCGGCCCCUGCUCCGGCGCCGGCUGCUCCGGCCGCCCCUGCCGCUCCUGCUGGUGGCACUGGCCGUAGGCACCGGGCUCUACGUGGCCUGGGCGCCGGGGGGAGGGGGAGGGGAAAGGGGAGGAGGAGAGAAAAAGGGAGGAGGAGCCGGAGGAGCAGAGGCGCCCCGAAGGAGGAACAGCGGAGGCAGCCCGGAGCGGCAGGCCCGAAGCCUCCCUGAAGUCCACCUUCGGGCAUUGUUAGAACAACUGGACCCCCAACGCCUCUGGGGAAAGUACCUUCAGCCCCUGCUGGUUGAAAGGCCACCAGGUAGUCCUGGGAACUUGAAGGUCCGACAGUUCUUGGAGGAUGAGCUCCGGGCUCUAGGUGCCGGCUGGCAGGUGGAGGUGGACGCCUUCUCAGCCCUGACCCCACUAGGGCCUAUGGCCUUCGCCAAUGUGGUGGCCACACUGUCCCCAGAAGCCCCCCGCCGCUUGACCCUGGCCUGCCACUUGGAUUCCAAGCUCUUCCCUCCAGGUGCACCCCCUUUCCUGGGUGCCACAGACUCUGCUGUGCCCUGUGCUCUGCUACUUGAGCUCGUCCGUGCCCUUGACCCUCAGCUUGGCCGUUCUAAGGACCGGGGGGCUCCUGUGACCCUUCAGCUCCUUUUCCUGGAUGGGGAAGAGGCCUUGAAGGAGUGGGGGCCAGAAGACUCUCUCUAUGGGGCCCGACACUUGGCCCAGCGUAUGGAGCAGACGCCCCAUGACUUUGGCACCUCAGAGAUUCAGGCAAUUGAAAUGUUUGUCCUCCUGGACCUGCUGGGAGCCCGUGACCCCAUCAUUAAGAGUCACUUCCGCCACACAGCCCCCUGGUUCCAGCGGCUUAGCUCGAUAGAGAAGCGGCUUCACCGGCUGGGGCUUCUGGCAUCCCAUCCUCGGGAGGUGACGUAUUUCCAGCCAGGACCACCCUAUGGGGCCGUGGAUGACGACCACACCCCCUUCCUGCGAAGAGGCGUGCCCAUUCUGCACCUCAUCCCCACACCCUUCCCUGCCGUCUGGCACACCGCAGCUGACACUGAGACCAACCUGCAUCCACCCACAGUGCACAACCUCAGUCGCAUCCUUACCAUCUUCCUGGCUGAGUACCUGGGCCUCCUCUAGCCCCUGGACAACAGGCUCCUUGUCCUGGCUCGGGGCAAAGCCAAUUCUGAGCACCUGCCCCAGUGGGGACCCCGCAGACCCAUGGACUGUGCCUUCCGGACAGCGGUGGAGGGGGUGGGGAGAAGAGCCAGACUGUGACCCUCAGGGAUCGAUUACACAAACGUGCUGCUGUGAGAAAAAUCCUCCUUCUCUUA